UUAAUCAGGACGUGUAUGUGUUUGGCUCAGUCUGAAUGUCUGUCCUUCCGUCCAGGUGAAACCAUCUUGGGUCUGAGGGAGAGCCUGACGUGGGCCACAUCCUGCCUGAAGGGAGAGGACUCCUCUGUGGCCGUGUCCUCCGGGGGAGAGCUGUUCCUGCGCUUCAUAAGCCUCACAUCCCUGGAGCAUCAGGACUUGUCUCGCUGUAAGAAGGUGAUGGAGGAAAGAGGAGAACUGUUUCUAGAGAAGAUCUCCAUGUCCAGGAACAAAGUCGCUAAGCUCUGUCACACCUUCAUCAAAGACGGAGCUAAAAUCCUGACUCACUCGUACUCCAGAGUGGUCCUGCGGGUUCUGGAGAAAGCUGCAGCGGAGAAGAAGCGCUUCUCCGUCUAUGUGACCGAAUCGCAGCCUGACGCCACAGGGCGGCAGAUGGCAGAGGCCCUGAAGAAACUCAACGUUCCAGUAACAGUAGUGCUGGAUGCAGCUGUAGGGUACGUGUUGGAGAAGGUGGACCUGGUCAUCGUUGGAGCAGAGGGAGUCGUUGAGAGCGGAGGGAUCAUCAACAAGAUUGGCACCUAUCAGAUGGCUCUGUGCUCCAAGGCUCACAACAAGCCCUUCUACGUCGUUGCAGAAAGUUUUAAAUUUGUUCGUCUGUAUCCGCUGAACCAACAGGACGUGCCCGAUAAGUUUAAGGUGCGGCUUCCUUAUUUUGUGUUUGUUUUUUUAAACAAUUUUCCGUCCUUUUAUCCAGAUUUAUUGACUUGUGCUUCCUGUCCCGCACAGUACAAAGCCGACACCCUGAAGAGCAUCCGGAACCUGUCGGAGGAGCACCCGGUCAUCGACUACACGCCCCCCUCCCUCAUCACCCUGCUCUUCACAGACCUGGGGGUCCUCACCCCGUCGGCCGUCAGCGACGAACUCAUCAAACUGUAUUUAUAACCGCGUCCCUUCGCUGAACAAUAAAACAGACGUUUAUGGUCCGCCUGCUUCCUGCUUGGAGUUCGUGAGCUGUUGCUCGAAGUCUUCCUCGCUGAUCUGGCCUUUUUUUAGUUUCUUAAGGAGGCGAGUGUCUUCUAAAAGCUCCUUCAUGUAUUCUUCGUCCAUGUCGGAGUCCUGCAGAGGCAGAACAGAAGCCAUGAGAACGAAACUGCAGUACUUAACGUUUAUGAAGAGUAUAUUUUUUACAGAUUUGCUGAAACUGUCACUAUGAGGUGAGAUCGAUCUAGUCCACUUCCUCCCUGAGCUGUUAUGGCCGUCUGAAGAAAUGAAACGUUCCUGGUCAAAAACAAACAAUCGCAGCCAGGAGGAGGGUCCUAGCGCUGCCAAUCAAUGUCGUGAACGCACUGCUAAAUGUGCUAAUGGUGGAGAAACACCUUACUGUUAAAGGAAAACUUUAUCGAGUGGCCAUGCUAACUAGCCUUAGCAUUCAUGACAGACUAUGGUAGCUGGAGAUUAGUAGUUUCAACAGAUAUGUAAAAGAAAUAUGUCUAUAUAAAUAUAUAUAUAUUAAUAAAAGUUG